CUUCUGUCUAUUUUGUCUGUUCAGCGGAAAGUUAUGUUAGAGAGUUACUGUUAAGAAUUAUUUUUAACCUUUGCAUCGCGGGUAAUUCAAAUUCUUAGUUUGAGAUUUUGUCUCUUAGGACUGAAUCAUGUCUGUUAUUGAGAAAAUGUCCAUUAUGGGCAUUAGAAGUUUUGGGCCUGAAGACAGUAAUCGACAGGUCAUUGAAUUUUUCAAGCCUCUUACAUUAAUCCUUGGACCUAACGGCUCAGGAAAAACUACUAUUAUCGAGUGCUUGCGUUACAUGACAACUGGAGACCCACCACCAAAUAGUGAUCGAGGUGGAUCCUUUGUACUUGAUCCUAAGUUUGCAGGCGAACAAGAAGUCAAAGGACAAGUGAAAUUGCAGUUUCGUGACGUACUAGGAAAAAAGGUUAUUGUAACACGAUCUCUGUUGGCUUCACAAGCGGUGAAAAAAAUAACAUUAAAGACAUUAGAAGGAAGCAUAACACGUUAUGGUGCUAACAAUGAGAAAAUUCAUUUAAGUUCCAAAUGUGCUGAAAUUGAUACUGAAAUGAUUGGCUCUUUAGGAGUGUCAAAAGCAAUUUUAAACAAUGUCAUCUUUUGCCACCAGGAAGAAUCUAAUUGGCCUUUGAGUGAAGGUCGAGCUCUAAAACAGAAGUUUGAUGAAAUCUUUGCUGCUACUCGAUACAUUAAAGCUUUAGAAGAAAUUAGAAGUAUCAGACAAAAAAAAAUGUCCGAUAUCAAAAUAUUUGAAACAGAGGUUGAAUCUUUGAAGACUAACAAACGUAAAGCUGAAGAGUUUCAAAAAGAGUUGGAGAAAACUGAAACUCGUCUUGCUGCUUGUAAGGAUACUGUUCAAGAUGUGAAUGCAAGAUUAAAACCUAUAAAUGAAAAAUUGAGGGAAUUACAAAUAAAACAGAAUGAAAUUGGAGCACUUCAAGCUUCACUUGAAAAAAAUUUAGAUCUAAUUAAAAAGUAUGAGAAAGAUGAACAUGAUCUGAGGAAGACUAUUAAAGAUUUGUUCACUGGUAAUAAAGAAGACCUUGUAUAUGAAAUGCAGAAUUUUAAUUCUGUUAUGGAACAAAAGAAAAGUGAUCUUGACAAGAUCAAACGAGAAACUUCUAUUAUUGAAAAGAGGCUUCAGACUGACAUGAAGAUAAAAUCUCAGCUACUAGAAGAACUUGGCAAACUGAAAGCUGAUCAUGAUCAUUACAAAAAACUUAUUGCACGUCGAGAUUCUAAGUUGAAAUCAUUACGGCAAAAUCUAGGCUUAGGAGAUUUUGGAUUUGAUGAUGAAGAUGAACCAUUGGUUGAAUCGCAAGUAACCAGUAUAUUACAGCAGCUGAAACAAAGAAAUGAAGCAUCUCAGAAAGAGUUUUCAAACUGCAAAACAAAGCAUGAAAGUAUUGAGAGUGAGAUUCAAAAUAAUAUUGAAAAGAAACAUAUUGAAAAAGCUCAAAAGCAGCAAAAACUUAUUACUAGUAAUGAACAGAUGGCAAAGAAUAAAACUGCUAUUCGCAAUAUAAAAGAAGAAAUAAGUCGUAUAGAUUCCUUAUCAUCUCAGCAGGACAUUUUAGAAGGCGAUCUCAAAGAAGCAGAAGGUGAACUAAGCAAUUUGGAAGGUCAUAUUAAUGUUGAUGAUUUGCGUAAUCAACUGUCUGAAAAACAGAAUAAAAGGAAUGGGAUUGAAUCGCAGCUUUCUGCUUUGAACCGUGAAAUCAAUGAGCUGCAUAAAGAAAAUCAAACAAGAACUGAAAUAGAUAUAGUUAAAAAAGAUAUUAGUUCUAAACAAGAAGCAAUUAAUAAAAUAUUGAGUCGCCAUAGGGAAACUAUUGUGCAUCUUCUUCAAGAAUUACCUGAAGAUGGUAUCCACGAAAAACUUACUACUUUAAUAAAUUCACUGAACCAAAAAAUUCAGAAAAUGAAUAAAGAUUUGGAGAAAGAACGUGGUCUUCUGUCUUCGCUUGAAACAACAAAAGAAUUUCACAAGAGCCAGUUAUUGGCUAAAGAGGAAACUUUAUCUGAAAAUCAAAAAAAGAUUUUUGAUUUAUGUGGAAGUCAAGACUAUGAUUACAAUAUAACUUCUUUGAAAAAUAUGAUUAAAGAGCUUCAGGAUGAAAAGGGGGCAUUAACUGGAAGUUUGUACCUUUAUAAUAAAUAUGUAGAAAAAUUAGAAAAGCCUCGUCCGUGCUGCCCUCUUUGUACGAGAGCUUUCCAGGCUGAAGAGGAAGCUCAGUCAUUGAUAAAAGAUUUGCAAAGGAAACUACAAUCAGUACCUGCUACACUUGAUCAGAAAUCAAAAUUAAUAGCAUCAAAGGAAAAAAUUCUGAAUCAGAUGUUGGAGCUGAAACCUAUAAAAGAGACUGCUAGUGUUCUUGCUGAGAAAGAAAUACCGGAGUUGAAAAAGAAAAUAGAGGUGGUUACAGCUGAUAUAACAAAAUCUACCUCUAAAAUAAAUGAGUUAGAGGAAGUCUUGGAUGACAUAAACAGUGACUUGAAGACAGCAUCUAAUAUUAUUCCUGAUGUUAUUCAGAUUGGUCAAACUCAGCGUGAUAUAGAACGACUUACAAGAAAUUUGACAUUUUUAAAAUCACAGAUUGCUAAUAAAGAUCUUUCACGGAAUGUUCAACAAGCUGUUGAAGAACAAAAUUCUCUUCAGCAAGAAGUGAAGUGCAUAGCUCAAGAAAUUGAUUUGAUUCAACAGAAGAUUAAUGACUUCAGAGAACAAGUGCAAGUAUUGAAAGGAAGGAUAAAUGAUUUAAAGGCUAAAAAAAUUAAAAUGUAUACUGACUUACAGAAAAAAAGUUCCUUGAUUGAACAGCAUGAAGCUUUGAUAAAAGAAAACUCCCAUUUAGCUGAAGCUGCAAAGGAAGCUAAGUCAACUGUGACAUCUUUAGAAACUCAAUUAAAUAAAUUAAAUAAAGAGAAAGAAGCUGCUUUGAAAGUGAAAGAACAGGAACUUGAAGUAAUCAGAUCAAAGAUUAAAGAAGAGGAUAAAGAAAUGGAGGUUCUUGAAGAUAUAUCAAGAGAAAUACAAAAAUACAUCAAGGGGAAUAGAGAAAGAAAAUUAGUGGAGCACCAAGAUAAAUUAGGCAAUAUAUCAAGCGAAAUAGAUAAGAAAAAAGAAGCAAUAAACAAAUGCUCUCUUGAGGAAAAGAUGUUAAAUGAAGAUAUAGCCUCUCAGAAACUGAAAUACCGGGAUUUAGAAGAUAAUAUGAAACUUAUAGAAAUAAUUGAGAAGAUUGGCCAAAUGAGGGAAAAAUGCCAAACAUUAAAAAGUAAAGUUGGAGAUUGUGACAUCAGAUCUUUAUUGAACAAUAUAGAUAAAUUAACAAAAGAUGUAAAGUUAUUGACACGAGAGCAUGAUGAAGCUGUAGGACGAGAAAAUGUUUUGAAAGAAAAAAUCAGAGAUUGGAAAAAACAGCUUGAAGAUAGUAUGUUCAAAGAUGCUGAAAAAAAGCAUAAAGACAAGUGCAUUGAAUUAAGGACAACUCAGCUAGUAUGUGAGGAUUUAAGCAAGUAUUAUGUUGCAUUGAACAAAGCUAUUAUAAAUUACCACCAGAUGAAAAUGUGCGAAAUUAACAAAAUUAUUAAAGAUCUGUGGCUUAGAACUUAUGCAGGGAAUGAUAUUGAUUACAUUGAGAUACAAUCUAAUGAAGAUGGAGAAUGUGGUUUAGAGAAAGCUCGAAGACAAUACAAUUAUAGAGUAGUUAUGUUCAAGGGAGACACAGCUACUGAUAUGAGGGGUCGAUGCAGUGCUGGUCAAAAGGUUUUAGCAUCGCUAAUAAUACGUUUGGCACUGGCUGAAACAUUUUGUCUGAACUGUGGAAUAAUAGCCUUGGAUGAACCAACUACUAAUCUUGACCGGGAGAAUAUCUCCAAACUUGCUCGUGCAUUAGUCGAAAUUGUACAGUCACGUUCUCAGCAGCAAAAUUUCCAACUUAUUAUUAUUACUCAUGAUGAAGAUUUCAUUGAGCGCCUAGGAAGAUCAAAUAUUGUUGAUUAUUUUUAUAAAGUCUCAAAAGAUGCUAAUACAUUCUCUAAAGUAUCAAAGUUGUACAUAUCAGAUAUUGCCUGAAGAAGAAAAGCAACCCGAAUAUUGCCUUGAAAUGUAAUUAUUCUGUUGCAUAUGAUGUAUAGGUAUUUUAAUUAAAAUAAAUAAUUAUUUUUCAUUAAA